AUGUCGUCAACUACUCGGCUUGAUGAGGCUCUGCCCGGUGGUUCUCUCAAGACCCCGGGCUAUCCCAGCAACUGUCUCGCCUUUCUUAAUUCUCCACCUACAGUCGAAGCUAGCCAAACGGCACACGUGCCAUUGAACAUUAUCAUCGUCGGCGCCGGACUAGGUGGCCUAGCAACAGCCAUCGCCCUCGCCAGCACCGGACACGCCGUAACCAUCUACGAGCAAGCCGCACAGCUUGGAGAAGUCGGCGCCGGCAUCCAAAUCCCCUCAAACUCAACCCGCCUGCUAAGCAGACUCGGUCUAGACCCGUAUCUCGAAAAAUACGUCACCGAGCCCGAGACAAUCUCAUUCCGUCGCUGGGAGUCUGGCGAUGUCAUCGGAUUGACCAAGCUCAUUCCUAAUUUCCGGGAAACCUUUGGUGCUCCGUACUAUGUUAUUCAUCGCGCGAAUUUCCAUACAGCGCUGCAUGAGCGGGCGUUGGAUCUUGGUGUCAAGGUUAAGCUUGCGGCGAGAGUGGUCAAGUAUGAUGCUGUAGAGGGUAGUAUUACUCUUGCAGACGGUUCAUCUGCGUCUGCGGAUCUGAUUAUCGCUGCUGAUGGAGUUAAAUCUGUUGCGCGCGGCCAGGUCGAUGAAUCUGGCCAACCACAAUUCGAGCAGACAGGCUUCGCAGCAUACCGUGCCACAGUCGACGUUGCCAAGAUGAAAGCCGACCCAGAGAUUUCAUGGCUUCUGGACAGGCCAAACCUGAAUAUCUGGAUCGGAGACCAAAGACAUGUCAUGACCUACACCAUCGGCGCUGGCAAAUCCUUCAACAUGGUCCUUUCGCAUCCCGACAACACAGACCCGUCAACCUGGGAUCAAUCCACUGCCUUGAGCGAUAUGAAGCGCGAAUUCCAAGGGUGGGAUUCAAGACUCCAAAAAAUCAUCAGCAUGAUCGGAAACACGAUCAAAUGGCCCCUCGUCAGCGGAACACCCCUAUCACGCUGGACAACCGGCCGUCUAGUCAUCCUCGGCGACGCAGCCCACGCCAUGCUCCCCUACAUGUCCCAAGGCGCCGCAAUGGCCGUAGAAGACGGCAUCGCCCUCGCCCGCACCCUAACCAAAAUAACCCACGUCUCAGCCCUCCCGCACGCGCUCCAAAUCUUCGAAAAAGUGCGCAUCUCACGCGCAACCGAAAUGCAAGAAGCCAGUCUGCUGAACGGCAAGUUAUGGCAUUUCCCGGAUGGACCGGUGCAAAGGGCUCGUGAUCGCGCGAUGAGGGCUGAGGUUGUGGGCGGGAUUGUGGCGCAUAGUCCGAAUCAGUGGAGUGAUCCGGCGACGCAGAUGUGGGCUUAUGGGUAUGAUGCUGAGGGAGAGAUUGAUCGGGUUUGGGGGGAGGGGGAGAGGGUUGUUACUAAG